AUGGGCUGGGUCUCAAAUGUUUGUCAUUUGCUGUUCAAUUGCUCUUCUUCUUCCACACCCCCUUUAUCCUCUCUGUCGGAUUUUGUUCCAUCUGUGUUGCCCUUGAUGGAUGUUGCUUUUAUCCCUAAUUUUGGAAGUCGGUCCACCGAAAUUACAGAAGUGGUUGAUUGUUAUGGAUUAACUCAACCGUUGAUUCUUGGAAUUUUAUGUUCUGGACCUCACAAGGUCAGAUAUGGGAUUAGAAGUUGGAGGUUCAUGGUCGGAUUGGAAGCAUCGGAAAUUAGGAAACGAAAAUGGAAGAGGCACCAGGGUGGACGAAUGGAAGCUAUAAACUUGGAGUCAAGAGCAGCUUUACUUGCAGCAGAACAGGGAACAUUACUAGCAGACAUUGUUAUUCAAAUGCUUGGAACUGAUUAUGCAAGAAUCUUGCGUGCAAUUUAUGCGUUUCCACAGAUGCUGAGAAAUCCUCAAAACAUUCCAACUCUACAGCUUUUCACAUGUGCUUUUGUGAAGGAGCUUUUCUCAUGA